AUGGAUAAAAUGGAAAAGUUUUCGGAUUCAGAACUGGACAAAUUGAUGUGUCAUCUACUAUGUUCAGGGACGCCGUUAACAGGUCUGACUAAGAUUGUCACCGAAGAAAAUUUGACCAAAAUUGCUUUAGUGGUCUCGGAGGUAAUGAUGAAUAUUAUAUUGUUAUACCUAAGUUGUUCAAAUAAUUUUGUGCCCCUAACUUUAAAAAUUUGCUUGCUUUGGCCUAGCCUGGGGCUGGUUCUAGUAGGCUGCUUUUUGGGUGUAGUCAAGUCUUUCGUUGCAGGACCUAAGCUGGGGACACAUGGUUUAGUACCCGGCCCACAUGUUCGAAUGUUAAAAAACGUAAUUUUUUUAGAUGUUUAAUCAAAAUAUUUUUAGAUAUUCAAUGAACAAGGCAGUCUGGUCGAGCUGAAUGGACCGGUCAAUAUUUGCGGCGAUUUGCAUGGACAAUAUGGCGACUUACUGCGGUUGUUUAAUAAAUGUGGCUUUCCUCCUGAAACGAAUUAUCUGUUUUUAGGUAAGUUUAGCAUUUUAAACAUUUUUGCUACGUGCAGAGUUAAAAAGUUCGGAUAGGAUUCGGUAGAAAUUUCUAACAAUUUUUGAUAAAAAAUGCGACAUUUUGUGAUUUUUUCCAAUAUUUUUUGUGGCACUUUGUCAAAACUUAUUUUUUUAAUUCUAAACUAAUACAGAGACUAUACUUUACACUUUAAUAGCAAAAUUUUUAGAAAAAAAUGUAAAAACAUACCUAAAACUUAUAUUAAUCACACCAUUUCCAGGCGAUUACGUAGACCGAGGUCCGAGCAGUAUCGAAACGGUCAGUCUUCUGUUUUGCUACAAAAUCAAAUACCCAGAGUCGGUGUUUUUACUGCGCGGUAAUCACGAAACUCGACCAGUAAACCAAGUCUAUGGGUUCUACGAGGAAUGCCUGAGGCGAUAUUCAGAAGAAUUGUAUAAUGUUUAUUCGGACACUUUUAUGUUCAUGCCCUUCUGUGGUCUGGUGGGCGACAAGAUCUUGUGUAUGCACGGUGGGAUCUCUCCUAUGUUGAAGAAUUUGGAUCAGGUAGGGUAGGGGUGGGUAGGCUAGGGUAGGGUAACGUAGGGUAGGGUGGGCUAUAAGCUAAAAACUUGUUCUCAACAUUAAAAUUUUAGCUGCGAAACCUAAAACGACCAUUAGAACCAGUAGGUCCAAUAAUGGAAAUGGAUGUUCUGUGGGCGGAUCCUUUGGCUGGGAUCAAUGGAUUUGUCCCGAACCGUCGUGGGGCUAGCUAUUAUUUUGGAGAAGAUGCUUUGAAUGAAAUGUUGCAAAUUCUUGACUUGGAUAUGGUGGUUAGGGCUCACCAGGUGGUGCAGGAUGGGUGGGUUAAUAUUUUUUUUCAAAAAAAAAAUUUUUUUUUUUAAAUUUUUUAAUUUUAAAAUAAAAAUUUACAGUAAGAAACAAUUUGAAAUUUGAAAAAAAAAUGUUUUUAAACUAAAAUGAAAAAAAUUUUCAGAUUUGAAUUCUUCGCCAAUCGAAAACUAGUGACAAUCUUCUCCGCCCCUCAUUACUGUGGCCAAUUCAAUAACGCAGCAGCCGUCCUCAAGGUCACCGAAGACCUGUCGUGCUCAUUUGUCCAGCUAAAACCGUAUGUAAUGGAAGGAGAUCGCGACAACAAGACCAUACCCACAUUCGCACCCGAAAGGGAACGCAAGGCCUACACACCACAGCUGGAAAGCACCAGAAUGCCCGUAGCACCGCCCGAAAAGGCCAAACCCUCGCCAGAGAAGAUGAAGGCGGCCUUUGAGAAGCCAAAGUUUUCGACCGAAAAAACUAAAUUCUCAUCCGACAUGUCCAAAGGGUCCAAUGAGUUCUCGUCCGACUCGAAUGACAGUAAGAAGGAAAAGAGUCAGGGCGCAAGGUCGAGAAGCCGAGAGAAGUCAGGCAAGUCAGGGAAGACGUUCAAGGAUGGCAUCAAGAAAGAGUUGUCCAGAGCCCACACAAGUGAUAGUACGCAGACCAGCGAGAAGACAGAGAAAACAUACAAAAAGAUCAGGGAUCGACGGAAACCUACCAAAAAAUGA